UCUUUAAGCUUUUAGAUCAUAUAUACUUAACCAACAUAUAUUCUUACAUCCUUAAUAUUCCCACAUAUCCCUUUAAUUUUUUGUGUGUUAUUCUUUUAUAACACAUCGAUCGAUGUCCGGGGUUUGGGUCUUCAAGAACGGCGUGGUUCGCCUAGUGGAGAAUGCCGGGGAGUGCCAUGGCAAGAAGGUGUUGGUCCAUCUACCUUCCAAUGAGGUAAUAACAUCGUACUCGGUGUUGGAGAGUAAAUUGUUGUCUUUAGGGUGGGAGAGGUAUUACGACGACCCCGAUCUUCUUCAGUUCCAUAAGAGGUCAACUGUUCAUCUCAUUUCCCUUCCAAAGGAUUUCAACAAGUUUAAGUCUAUGCACAUGUUUGACAUCGUUGUCAAGAAUCGCAACGAGUUUGAAGUGAGAGAUACGUAAGGGUAAGGGUAAAGAAGAUGAUGAUGAUGAUGAUCAUAUAUAAAUGAUUUCGUGAAAAAAAAAUUAAAGCCCUUUUGGAGAUGAUGUGUUUUAUGGUAGGUUUUUCGAUCUCUCUUUUAUUUUUUUUGGUUUAUGUGUGUGAGAUUGGGACAAUGGGGUGUAGUGUGCAUGUAUGUAUGUUUGUAAUAUAUGAGGUUUGUGUUUAGUUCUUGCAAGAAAAAAAAAAAGAAAAAAGAUGUGAGGUAUGUAAGAUGAGUGUUUUUUUUGGUACUUUGAGUUGGGAUUUCGUCCAAGAUUUGUUUGAGGUGAUCAUCAGUUGGUUGUAUGUAUGUAUUUAAUUUGGUUUGAUUUGUAUCUUAUUUGUUUCACAAUGUACGCGAUUGUUUGUUCGAUGUUGUUCAAUCAAGAAAUUAUGCAAAAAGAUC